CGGCGAUAAUCGCAUGUUAAUUAGGUCGAUUAAUUGUGUAUCUCGAAACGAAUGUAUUUAGCGCCGCCCUAUGAUCGAAUAUUGAAUGAAUCUGCAGCUACAUUCAAUGGGUUAGAAAGGAAAUUAUCCGUUACAUGUGCCGGUCAUGAUUGACCGGUUAUCCACCGGUGUAUUGUUGUAUAAACAUUUUCAGAAAUGGCAAGUAAAACGAAAAUUAUUAAUCUGGCUAGGAUGUCCAGAAUAUUUCAAGGAACGAGCGGAUCGUUCGAUAGCAUAGAAAAGACAGAUAUUAUAUCUAAAAGUCAUAAGUUAAUGAUCAAUUGUGGAAUUAUUAAAUCACUUAGUAUUGGCAUGUAUGCUUUAUUGCCAUUAGGAAUGCGAAUUUUAAAUAAAUUAAUUGAUAUUGUUGACAAAGAAAUGAUGAAUAUUGGCGCACAAAAAAUACUACUUCCAGCAUUAACUCCUGCUGCACUGUGGAAGAAAACUGAUAGAUAUGAUUCCAAUAAAACCGAAUUGUUUACAGUUAUAGAUAGACACAAGAAAGAGUAUAUAUUGAGUCCAACACAUGAAGAAGCAAUCUGUAAUUUGAUAUCGUCAGCAGGACAAACUGUCCAGAUUUCCACUAAAUUAUUACCCUUGAAGUUAUAUCAAAUUUCUAGCAAAUGGCGAGACGAAAUGAAACCACGGCUUGGUUUCCUACGUAGUCGAGAAUUUAUCAUGAAGGACUUAUACACAUUUGAUAGUAGCUUGGACAAUGCACGACAUACGUAUGAUUUAGUCUGCGAGUCUUAUAAUAAUAUUUUUAGGCAGAUUGGUAUAAAGUAUACAAAAAGCAUAGGUGAUGUGGGAACAAUUGGAGGUUUAAUGUCACAUGAAUAUCAUUACAUGUCUGAUAUCGGUGAAGACACGAUACUUCAGUGUCCAUCAUGCCAUUUCUCUAUUAAUCAAAGUAUUUCUAAGACGACAAGUUGUCCAGAAUGUAAAAAUGAACUGCAUUCAUAUACUGCUGCUGAGAUAGGACAUACAUUUUUAUUAGACACAAAAUAUUCACGGCCAUUAGAAGCAAUGUUUAUGGAGCAAAAUAAACCGACACCUAUGGUAAUGGGCUGCUUCGGUCUAGGAUUAAGUCGUAUCAUUACAUUAGUUGUCGAAAUCUUGUCAAUAAAUGAUGAGAUGAGGUGGCCUGUAAAGUUAGCACCGUAUACAGUAUGCAUCAUAUCACCAAAGGCUGGAAGCAAAGAAGAAAGUACAUCUGCCUAUAUUGAACAGCUAUUUGAGAUAUUCUACAAACGCAAUAUUGAUACAAUAUUGGACGAUCGCACGCAUUACACGAUUGGUAAACGAUUAGUGUUCGCGCGUCGAUUGGGUUAUCCUUACGUAAUUAUCAUUGGCAAAGCAGCAACCCAAUCGAUUCCUUUAUUUGAAAUUCAUGAUGUGAAUAAUUCAACUUAUCAUGAAUUAUCAUUAGAACAGAUGAAUGAUUAUUUCGAUAAUAUAAGUGUUAAAGAUUAG